AAGUCUUCCUGUAAUAGAAAAAUGUCGAUUUCAUCGUUAAAUAGGAAAAUGAAUUAGUUAUUAAAUUCCAUUUUAGGAAAAUAGGAGGAAUGCAUAAGAUUAAAUAUUCUGGAUUUGUAUAAUAGCGUUCUCGAUCCUGAAUUUGAUGAAUAUUUAUUUUAACUCUGGUAGUUACUAUUACAUUAGUUUAGUUAUCUCUUCUAUGUUACUGAUAAUAAAUAAAUAAAGGAGCUACUUUAUAAUUAUGCUUUUUAAAAUACUGCACAUUUUUUUAGAUUAGAAUGGAUGCUAAAAGCUUUGAAUGAAGACUCCAAGUGUGUAAAAGUGAAGAGUGGCUUUUCUACAUUUUUGAAAGUAUUUUCGAAGAAAUAUUUCUUAGUAAUUGGAAACUGAGUUUACUUCUCAAUAUUGGAAUUUAGCAGGGAAAUCAUAAAAAAGUAAAAAUUACAAUUUAUAAUCUUAGCCAAAUUGGUAAAUAGUCCAUCAAUUUAUAAAGAUAAACAGGAUCAAAUAAUAUUCAAUUUGAUUGAAUAAAGCUUGAGAUUGAAAAAAAUAGAUAUAGAAAAAUAGAAGGAUCAUAUGAAAUCUUUUUUAAUGGUCAUAAAUCAAAUGAUAACAAGUUUAAGAUUUUCUGGGCAACCGGAAUUUUGUGGUUUAACUAUUCCGUUAAACUGUGACAAUGUAGAUUCUUUUUUAAUAGUAAAUUUACUUGAAGAUGAGUUUACUUGUUUCAAUACAGCAAAAAGAGUUCCUUAUAAGAUUAUCAUAGAAACAGUGAAGUAAGUGUAAAUAAAUGAACAAUUAGUCCUUCAGAAUUGGAGUUGAUACAAAAUAUUAAUGAAUUAAGUUAGAAUAAAUUGCCAUAGCUGAUUCCUAUAUAUGACAUAGAAAAGGAAAUGAAAAGUAUUUCUUAGGUCAAAAUAUAUUAACAAUAUAAUAUCGAGGAAUUAAAGAAGUAUUAAUUGUUAUUAGUUUUUUAUAGAUUGGCCUUAAGAAAAAUAGAUUUUCAAAGAAUGCAAAACUUGCAAAGGUAGAGCAAGAUUGCUGAAAAGGAUGUACAUGUUUCCAGAUCUUCAAACUCUUCGAUUUGGGGUGAGGAUUGGAAUAUUACAAAGUAAAAGAUAAAAUAAAAUUCACUAUAUGGGAAAUUGAAAACUCAUGAAGUUAGAUAGAUUAUCAUAAAAGGAGGUGAUGAUCUCAGAAGCGAGCUCUUAAUUAUGUAGAUGAUGAGAAAAAUUAAUGAAAUAUUCAAGCAGAAGAAAUAUAAUCUUUAUCUUCGACCUUAUGAUAUUAUUCUGACAUCUCCAAAUAGUGGUAUAUUGGAAUUCAUACCAAAUACUGUUUCUAUUGAUAAGAUUAAAAGAGAACAUUAAGGAAUCUCGUUGAGAAAAUUUUACGAAAUGAAUUUUGAUAACUUUCAAGAGGCUCAAAAGAACUUUGCUGAAAGUUUGGCGGCAUACUCAUUAAUUUGUUACCUAUUCUAAUUAAAAGACAGACACAAUGGGAAUAUUUUAAUCGAUAAUUAAGGCCACAUAAUUCACAUAGACUUUGGUUUUGUAUUGACAUUGACUCCAGGUAAUAUUGGUUUUGAGUCAGCUCCAUUUAAAUUAAUAAGUGAGUAUGAGGAAUUAUUAAAUGGUAAGGACAGUGAUAUGUUUAUGUAUUACAAAGUUAUGAUAUAUUCAGGUAUGUAUUAAUAUUUAAUUUUAUAGGUCUUGCUAUUUUGUAAGAGAACAUUACAGAAUUAAUAACCUUUGUAAAAUUAAUUAAUUUCAGUCCAAAUCAUAACCUGUUGAAUUGCUUGGAGAAUUUUAGUAUCAAUGAAUUCAAGAAAAGAUUUUAUGAAGAUGUUGAUUAAAAGAAACUCUUUGAGGUAGCCGAUAAUUUGAUCAAGCAAUCUAGCAAUUCUGUGAAGACCAUGUUAUAUGAUUAUUUUCAAUUCUAAUCCAAUACUAUUUAUUAUUGA